GGCUCCGCCCAACACAGUCUGCUGUUCUGCGCCCUGUCACUUGGCGAGUCCAGAGAUUGCUGCCUCUGGUGACCAGACUCUAAAAGGCCGCUCGCCCGGGUCUCGGGAAUCCCGCGGAUCUCCCGGAAAAUGACGGCGUCUUGCCCGCGGCGCUGGGCACCUCUCUGUCGCCCCGAGAGCCACUUCUCUUCUUGGUGCUCCGCUGGGAUCCUUUUAGGGGCCCUAGUGCUCCCGCUACCCGUAUCCCCGUCCGACGCCUGUGGUGAUCCACCAAGAUACCAAUCCAUGAAGCUGAAGGGUGUCGCUCAACCCCGUUAUAGGCCUGGGGCCAUAAUAGAAUACGAGUGUCGUCUAGGCUACAAGCUCAAGAGACCUCCUCUUCCCACCUCUGCCCGCUGUCAGGCUGAUAACACAUGGACACCUCUCCAGGAGGCUUGUAGAAGAAAAUCAUGUCCACAUCCAGUAGAGCCGGUAGAUGGCGCAGUACAGUAUGUAAAUGGGACUUUGGAGCUUGGUUCACAGGUUCACUAUGUUUGUAAUGAGGGUUAUAACUUAAUUGGAACUAAAAUUCUGUAUUGUGAACUUGAUGGGGAAAAUGUGAAUUGGAGUGACAAUCCCCCACUAUGUCAAGACGCCUGUGGUGAUCCACCAAGAUACCAAUCCAUGAAGCUGAAGGGUGUCGCUCAACCCCGUUAUAGGCCUGGGGCCAUAAUAGAAUACGAGUGUCGUCUAGGCUACAGGCUCAAGAGACCUCCUCUUCCCACCUCUGCCCGCUGUCAGGCUGAUAACACAUGGACACCUCUCCAGGAGGCUUGUAGAAGAAAAUCAUGUCCACAUCCAGUAGAGCCGGUAGAUGGCGCAGUACAGUAUGUAAAUGGGACUUUGGAGCUUGGUUCACAGGUUCACUAUGUUUGUAAUGAGGGUUAUAACUUAAUUGGAACUAAAAUUCUGUAUUGUGAACUUGAUGGAGAAAAUGUGAAUUGGAGUGACAAUCCCCCACUAUGUCAAGGACAUCUCGGUCCUCCCGAUGAAUCACAACCACCUAAAGACAUGUAAACUUCAGGGAAACAGAGGAGAGUGCCGCAUACAGCACUUACCAGAAUAAGUCAACCACACCAGUAAAGCAGACACAUUAAACAGUCUUGACAAA